CCAAGCCUAAACAGAGACAGCCUCAGCUGUCAAAACUGUCAAAAUAGUAACGAAUGGUAACGAACAAACUUAGAGCAUCGCGGUGCAGUGUGUACAUUUUUCGCAUGUUUAUUGUACUAAAACUUAACUAAACAUAACUUUUAACAUGAUAUACGUCAUGUUUUAUAAAUACUCUGCACUGGUGAUUUUCCAACUCCAAAACCGGGUGUGAACAAAGAUUUCGUAUUGGGCGUAAACAAAACGUCAAGUAGUCCCACUGUAUGAGUCAAUUACACAUAAGAACACAAUGGAGAGACAGUAUUACAUAUUUGUGUUAUUGUUGUUGUGUACGUGGGCUUGCAGCGGCGACCGUGGCGACUACAUCGGCUGCUAUAAGUUGAUGGUCGAAAAUGUCCUCAACACCCAUACUGGCCAGUCUGUGGAUGUCUGCUUGUCGGCGUGUGAGCAAGUAUACUACAAAUACGCAAUCAUAGGUAAUGAAUCGACGUGUUUCUGUGGGAAUGAGCCGGGUAAUUUUCAACUACCUCUGGAGUCUUGUCCUACUCGAUGUCCUAAGAAUGACACUCAGUUUUGCGGCGGAGAAAAUGCCGCCAGUGUGUACGACACCGAGGUGUUCUCUCCUGGGCCACCAACAUCGAUCAAUAUUACUAACAUUACGGAAACUACGCUGAGGGUGCGCUGGACAGCCCCGGCUGCAUACUCAUCCAUUUCUGGUUAUGUUAUAAGAGCUAUAGUAGUUGAGACCUAUGCUGACUUUGCCCUUAUAGAUCUUGAAUGGAGAGUGUCUAAUAAAACCUUUUACACUGAACUGUUGAACUUGCAACCUGGCUCUAAAUAUCAAAUAGGAGUGGUGGCAGUCAAUGAUGGCUUUGAAGGCCCAAAUAUCACAACCACAGUGGAAACUGUGAUUGGAACUCCAGAUCCCAGUCCUCCAGAUAUAGAAAUCAGAGAAAGGAGAGGAGAUAGAAUGGUGGUGCAUAUCCCUGAAGCUAAGAAUGUAAAUGGUCCUGUGUCUAUGUAUAGGAUUGUAGUCUCAGUGGAGUUGUACCAACAAGGAUUCAUAGUUGAAAACUUGGGCAAUUACACAUAUGCCAGUGACCAAGGGCUCCCUUACUACAUUACAGCAGAAUUGGACCCUGAUGAUAUUAAACAUGAUUUCAUCAUCGGAGACAGACAUACAUACAAUGGAUUCUACAAUGCUCCUCUACCUCUGACCAAUGACAUAGAUGUGUCUUUAGGUGUGGUAAGUGAAAAGGAUUUUGUGAAGAGAAUCAGAUAUGCAGAAUCAACUAAGAAAAUUAUAUUGAAUAUCAAUGAACCGGAGGAAACUUCUCCAUUGGUGAUAGCACUUGGGGCUGCCAUAGCUAUUAGUGUGGUUCUACUUCUAAUCGGAGUCGGGCUGCUCAUAAUCUUGCGUAAGAGAAUACAGCUAGUAAGAUCUCAGAGAGGCUCCCAGUCAAUGCCAUUAAGUCUUAGUGAACCGUGCAUGGAGAUAGAGAAUUCAGGUUUCAUAGAAGAAGAACAUGAGAGGGUUGAUUAUUACAGCAACUUAAAAAGAAAACUGUGGAACAUACCUAGAAGCCUUAUAGACAUUGAUAUUUCUUGCAUUGUUGGUGUUGGCAGCUAUGGCAAAUUUACCAGAGGAAAGGUGCAGCAACAUGGGGCCCAGACUCCUGGCCUAGUGCAAGUAGUAGCUGACAGAGAGCUGGAGAGAUCAGACAAGAAACUAAUGCUGCAGGAACUGGACCAACUUAUCAAGUCCAGUGAACAUGAGAAUGUGAUCUCACUCAUAGGGUUCUGUGAAACUAAUACAACAUUAUUUGUAGUUCUUGAAGAUAGCAAACAGAGUUUGAAGGAUUUGCUGCUUCAGAGCAGACACAGGGACCUUCAAAACAACAAAUUCUGUCUGAUGCCAGAGAACAGACUGCUUCAGUACUUUGUUGACAUUGCACAAGGUAUAGAAUACUUGCACAGUAAGAAGAUUUUACAUAAACGCCUCAGUUGUCGUAACAUCGCGCUCAGUGAAAACGGUGUCGCGAAAGUGUCCGGGUUUGGAUUAUCUCACAUGAGACCAUUGCACGAGACUCCAGACUACACGCGCUGGACGUCGCACGAGAUGUUGCGACUGACUAGAUUCAACCCGAAGGCAGAUGUUUGGUCGUUUGGUAUCCUCAUGUGGGAAGCACUCACGAUAGGAGCCACUCCAUAUUUCCAUAGUGCUAAUAAAGACGUAGCAGCCCGCAUUCUUCGAGGCAUGCGGCCAUCGCAGCCGUCGUACGUAGGUGACGACCUGUUCCAGCUUUGCCUGCAGUGCUGGCAGGUGGAUCCUGACGAGAGACCCACAUUCUCUGGCUUAGUGCACGAAUUGAAGCCAUUCGCCGAAGCUUCUGGUUGCAGGAGUCUGAGUUUUACUCAUUAUAAUGGUUUCGACUACGAACCGCAUGUAGCGCAGUACGAAAUCGUAUCAUAGUAUUUUAAGCAUUAGGCAACUAACCAAAACAUAGGAUUAUUAGCUUCCAAAGAGUUAUGUUUGUUACUCGAGUGUAAAACGAGGUCGGGAAACCAGCAGCAAUGGAAUUAAUUUACUAUGAAGGACAAGGAAUUGAUAUUUUCUAAACUAGAUUUUUAUUUUGUAACUAAUAUGUGUAUUGUUUGUUCGCCAUGCAAGUUAACUGAGAAGCUAGCGGUUGUGGUCACGCGGAACAAAUGAUCACGCGCUGUUGACCGCUCGCGGCACCAAUACCAACUACGGUGAAUUGCUGAUUUUAUACAAAGCUCCACUAAAAGACAUUUAGACUAAUUUAACGUAAUCACGUAGUAGUCAUCUUAUAUUUAAAGGCGCAUAGUAUUUGUGACUGCAUUUUUAAAAAUGUUAUACAUAUUUUUAAUAGGAAAAUGUUAAUUUAACUAAUUAACUUUCUACUACAGAGUUAGUGUAUUCAAAUAGUUACUGGAACAUUAUUUUACCAGUUGGCGCUUAUACUAACCAAAUUAACCAAGCUGUAGUUACAGAAGUACGUAGAAAUAUUGCGCACGUUGAAGUCCACCCUUCACGCAGGUGACAGUCCCGCAACAUGUUACCCUUCUCAAUAAAUGUAGAUUUUAUAUUGUAGCUCUAAGUUAAAUAGCAUUUACAGGAAUUUCAAGAGUAAUUUCAGAAGAGUACAUUUGACAACUAUUUAAGUACUCAACUGGAUAGUGUUUGCAUUAUAAAUAUGUAUCCAACAUUAAACUGAAUAUCCUACGAUUCUACGUAUGUAUAUUAUGUUAGUUUAAAUUAGUUUUAAUAUGAAGAUAAUCCUCUUACUUUAUCAAAUAAUCGUACUUAUGUUGCUAGGCAUUGUUAUGUAUCGAAACUGAGAAUUUUAAUCAAUUUUAUGAGUAUGUAAUGGCUUGACAUGACUGUUUGUGAAAAUCAUGGUGAAUAAUCAGAUUAAUGAAAUCGAUAAAAUCAUUAUUCAUGCGAUUUUAUAGUUUCUAAUUUGACUUGUGUCGACGAUCAGUUUCCUUUGAGCUUUAUUUUCAGUAUUUCUAAUGAUUUGUAUAUUUAGGCUUAACAAGAAAAAUAUUGUAUAAUGAUCUACAUAAACGAUGGGUAUAAUUUUAAACAUAAAUAUGACUAUGUUCACUGGUAGGUACUUAGUUUAUAAGUUGUAAUUAAAAUCAUUGGAGAAUAAUCUCAAGUAUUCUAUACUGUAUUUAUUAUAUGAACUACUCAGCUCUCACUUUUCUUCACUAUGCUAUAUAUUAACAGUAUUCUAUUUACUAAGUAUUGGGGUAAAUACCUCGGACAAAGGCUUCUAUAAUUAUUAUAAGAUUCGUAUGGUUUUCAUGUAUUUUAUUGUGUCUACCGUUUAAUUAUUUCUGUUAUAAUUUACUUUAUAAUGAUUUCCUACAUUUAGUUUCAUAAGAUUUUAUUUAAAUAUUCAGUGAUCUGAAAUAAGGAAUUCCGUCCAUUUAUUCGUAUUUUUGUACGAAAUCUCAUUUUUGUGUAAAUUUUUUAUUAUGUAACCUGUAUAUUUUUUUUAUAAUAAAAUUAUAUAAUAUUAAAA